AUGAAGACAUUUUUGUCCAUCGGCAAGUUCGCCCUGUUCAACGUGUAUCGACUUGUUGCGGCAACAAUCUCUUGGAGCAAUCAUUACUCACCAGACAAGCUGCAUCCUUUCAAAUAAACCGAAACCCUUCUCCCUUUUUCUCUUAUCUCUCAAUCUUUUCCUUCAGCCGCCGCCCUGCAUUCACGUUCCGCCCACCCCACAAAGCCUUUCAUCGCUGCCCAACCCACAGGCUCUCUGUCAUCGCCGCUGCUCCUCAUUCUCACCGCUGCUCUCUUUGUUAUCAGUUGAUUUUAGAAUCAGUAUGGGAGAAAAGAAGUCGUUGAUUGGGCUCUCAUGGGAGCCGAAGUUGCCGCCUUUGUCAUCUUCGACUAAAAUUAGUAAUACCAAGUCCCAAGACCAACCUGAGAGGAGUGCACUUUGGAAACCCAAUACAGAGCUUAUUGACGGGCUAUUUGUGCCACCCAACGAUCCUAGAAAGGUUAACAGGUUGCUCAGAAGUCAAGCUAAAGAUACACUUGGGAAAGAUUGGUUUGAUAUGCCUGCCCCUACUAUGACGCCUGAAUUGAAAAAAGAUCUCCAGUUACUUAAGCUGAGGGGUGCUCUUGAUCCAAAGAGACACUAUAAAAAGGGUGAAUCAAAAUCAAAAACACUGCCCAAGUAUUUCCAGGUUGGUACAGUUGUAGAGUCAGCAAUAGAUUUCUUCUCCGGUAGGCUAACUAAGAAGGAGAGGAAGGCAACCAUUGCAGAUGAGGUGCUUUCUGAUCUUACUCUCGCAGCUUACAGGAAGCGCAAGGUCCAAGAGAUAGAAGAACAAAAUCGUCCUGCUGGAAAUGAGAAGUGGAAGAUAAAGGGUCGACAGUCCAGGAAGCGGGCCAAGGAAAGAAGGCACUAGUAGCUCAACGUUUUUCCUCCUUUAGAGUAAAACAGGAUGUGUUGGAGAUGUUGUAGCAACCAGAGGUUGGGGAGAGGAAGAAAUUUGUUGUUUAAUUGCUUCAAAUUUAUUUUAUAUAUACAUUCAUAGUCGUGGUGUCCACAUUAAAAUUUUUAGCAUUUAUUACUAUGUUAGUCCUCUUUGGUAGCCAUCAUGUGAGACUAUUGUGAUGUCAUAACAGAUUCAUUUGCUACGAGGUUAUUCAUAACAGUAGUGCUUGUUCUGGAA